AUGGGCUGCUUCACAUUUGUUAAACUGUUGAUGGUCCUGUUCAACCUGCUGAUCUUUCUGGGUGGACUAACCCUGCUCUCCAUGGGGAUCUGGGUGAGCGUGGAUGGAGGCUCUUUCCUGCGGCUCCUGGGGCCAUUUUCAGGCCAAGGCAUGCAGUUUGUCAACGUGGGCUUCUUCUGCAUCGCCAUCGGGGCCGUGUUGGUGCUGCUGGGGCUUCUGGGCUGUUGUGGAGCCCACAAGGAGAGCAAGUGUCUGCUGCUGACGUUCUUCUCCAUCAUCCUCAUCAUCUUCAUCGCUGAGGUGGCCGCUGGUGUCGUGGCUCUGGCCUACUCGUCGUUCGCCGAGGGGAUCCUCCGAGCGUGGGCGACUCCUGCUCUACAGUCAGAUUACGGCAGUGAGCCGGUGGUGACCAAGAUGUGGAACACGACCAUGACUGAGCCCUCAGCAGGAGGACCACCGACCUCCUCAGUGAAGAAUCAGACGACAAGAGGAGCCUCCAACAUCCCAGCGCCUCAGCCCCAGCAGAACCAGACCCCAGAGACCACCAGCCCCGGAACCGUUCUCAUUAAGGUCCUCAAACAAAGCUCCAAACAUGACCACCAGCCACCGUUAGCAUUCUCAUUUAGGUCCUCAAAUAAAGCUCCAAACAUGACCACCAGCCACCCAAAGGGGAUCCACGAGGACUCAGCCAGACCCUCCAUGAUGAAAAACAGCUCUGAGUGA